AUGGGGUACUGCUUCCCACUACUCACGGUGCUCUUUCUCUCAAACGUUCUUUUCAUUCCCUCAACAGGUGCCCGACCACACGUUCAGGCCCUGCCUCUGGUUCAGCAGCGUUUGCUGGGAAACAACAUGGGCAAGACCCCAAAGGAAAUGACCCUAUUUUCUCGCCAGCCACUGCCCCCCAAACUGGGAUGGGGCAUGGUGUUCAACUCUAUGAAGCCAGGAAGCAAGGACAAGUGUGUGUCAGUGUCUGGUGUGCCUCCAGCCUUUAACUUCAGUCCCAAGUACUGUGGGCACCUCAAGAACCAGUAUCUGAAAAAUGCCGCCGCAGACCUGAACUUCUCUCAGGAGGUGCUGUGGCAGAGAGGGCUGCCCAGCCUCCCAUACAGCCAGUACAACUUUAACCACCUCUAUCAAGCAGACAACAUCAUCCAACCUCCGGGGAUUAAGACAGCUCCACCUAAGAAACCUGUUCACUCCAAAGUCUUACAUUCCUCAGGUCCUUCAAGAGAGGUUACCUCUGAGGCUGUGGAGGCAGAAAACUCUACCACAUGUGCAAAGCAGCUGAAGAAACCAAAGUCAGCAACCAUGGCCUGGGAAAAACCUCACACUUAUAUUCAACGUCCCUGCAGGAAACCAACUCCAGUGGCUCUGCCACUCACUCCAGAUCCAGUGGACAUUGGAGAGUGGGAAGCCUGGCUUCCACCUGCUAAGAAGGAGGCCAGAGCCUGGGAGACUGUGGUGUUGGAAAAACUGGACAAGCGCACAUCGCAGUGGAUCAUAAACAAGCGUCCUCUCAGGCCCGGGGUGGGCCCCAACAAGUGGCAGAGCUUCCUGCAGCAGCAGUAUGACUGGAGUCACAUCCGGGAUGAGCUCACCUCUGCCAGUGACUUGGCGCUCCUGGAGAAACUGGAGGCAGAAGAGGCAGCUGAGUUAGAGGGGAAAAGUGUCAUUCUGCCCCAGCAGGAGAAGGACAAGCCAGAGCUCUUGCUUCCUGCUUACUACAGAUUGCCUGGUUACUUGCCAGAUGUGCAAGCAACUAAAAUAGGGCACAGCAACAAUAAGACUGCAAAGGUUGGAAACACAAGCAACUGCCAGUCUCAGAACCAGAGCCACAUCCAGAAGGCGAAACCCCGACCUGGAGUAUAUACUUAUUCCACAGACAAUGCCUUUGAACAGGAGAUUUACUUUGACAAUGUCCAGUUUAUCCGGACAGCUAAUACAAAGAGAGAUCAAAUUCUCCUGGAAAACCUAAAUCAGUACAACAAGCAGCUGCAGAAGGUCUUCCCUGAAACCCCAGAGAAGUGGAGUUCCCAGCCAAUUCCUGAAGCGCCUUGCAGGCCCGUGAAAGGAGGUGUACGUUGGGCUGCUUUGCCCGUCCCAGUCAAGGAUUUGCGGCUGGUGGACGAGAAGGAGGAGUACACUAAAACUAGGAGACACCGGAAGGAGGAUAAAUUACUGAAUACGAAUGUGACCUGGGAAGAGAUGGUCCUGCAGCAGAUGCUGCAGGAAUGGACGACUGCCUGGUCUCUGAUCAUUGAGUGGCACCAUGAGACAGUGGAGGGACUGCAACGGAACUUGGCAAGUAUGCAAGAUAAUGUUCGGAUCCACGCCAUCAUCACAUGUGCCACAGCAGCUCUGGAAUGGCCCCACAUUGUCACCAGGCAGGAAGACUCAGGGACGCCUAUUCCAGAUCUACCUGAGGUUUUACAGCCCGCCCUGGAGGCUGCUCUCUGUGAUAAGAAUGCCAAUGUGCAGAUGGCAGCAGCACUAUGCCAAUAUGCCAUACAGUCACAUAACCCGCUUGCCCGGGACAUCAUGCAGACCGUCCUUUUGAAGGGUAAUAUUGUGGACAGCUGGGCUGCAGCUCAGUGCUUGGCUCUGGAAGGUGAUGCCACUUAUCCUGUGAUUAAGAGGAUCCUCAACCAGUUGUUUAACAAGAAGGACCAGGCCACUGAGGACCAAUCCUGUAUACUUCUGAACCAUCUCAGCAGGAAAACAACCCUGAUUCACACUAUGCUUGCCGUGGAGUUGAACAGCCAACACUGGAAGGACCGGAUUGUGGCUUGCCGGGCUCUGUCCCGGAUCAGCGGGAAUGUCAAUUUGGAUAUGAAACAUAAACUGAUUGAACUGAUGUGGAAGGACUGGAAUAAGAAGGUGAGACAAGCAGCUGCUCAAGCUCUGGGGCAAAUGGGCUUCGGCAAAGAGGUGCAUGACAAGAUCAGAGUCAAACUGGGUCAAGGAAAUUCCCAGGAGCGAGUGGAAGCCCUCUCCAUGAUUGGUGGACUCAAGCUCAUGACUGCCAAGCUUCUCCCCAGUUUCCUCAACUGCUUCUCUGAUGACUUUGUGGCAGUCCGGCGGGAAGCCUGUCUAGCAGCUGGUGCCCUGAAAAUCUGCGACAAGAUGGUGCUUGAAUGCCUCCUGAAUCUGAUGCAGAGAGAUCCGUACUGGAAAAUCAAGGCCUUUGCCAUUCAAGCUUUGGGGCAGAUUGGCCAAGUGAGUCCUCAUCUGACAGACCUCCUGCUUUGGGCUAUCCACUAUGAAGACUCACCCGGCGUACGAAUGGAAGCUUGCCGCAGCAUACUAGCCCUCAAUCUUCAGGGGGACCAGGUUAGGGACACCUUUCUAAAUGUGCUGCUCCUGGAGAAUCAUGAUGCUGUUCUAAAGGAAAUUCAACAUGCAAUGAAGAGACUCAAUUUAGAGAAUGAAGGAAACCAAGAAAUGCUUCAGAAGAUCAAGAACAGGAUUCAUACCCUAAGCCAAAAGGAUUUACUAACAGAAACAAUAUACAAAAUCGAGAGAGUCCUGAUAAAACUGAAAGAGAAAGCAAGACGUGUUUAUUUGCAACCCAAAACGGGACAAGAAUCACUGAAAAUCAGUACUCUUCUCCAGGAAACUUUUCAAGAUAAGGUGGUUAUUCCACGAAGACCAUCUGAGUUCUGUGACACUGAAGCAGUCGUACAGUCUAUGAGACCGCGUCCACCAAAUCCCUGGUCACAGAGUCCGGUCCUUGGACUGAACGCAAGAAGCCAAUCACCACUUGUCAAAGACCUACGCAUGAACUGGGAAAAACUACUUGACGUGGGGCCAUCUGGACUCCUUGACAACUCAGAUCUCUAA